UAAUCAUGGAUAAUUAUCGUUUUUCUAUAGCACUCAAACAUCUUUGACGUAAUUUCAGUAAUUAAAAAAAAGUUUGACGUUUAUCCUUGCCUAUGAAUUGAUUCAUUCAUAAGGUGUGAUGUGAGUAGUGGGAUUUCGUAUCCUGAAAUUCCAUAUCUAUUUAAUAUUUUGAAAUGAGGUAGCACCGGUUAACAAGCGACAAUUAAAGACCAUCCUAGUACUAUGCCUUAAUUUAUUUAUAAAGUGCAAAUAAUCAGUUUUUGCGGGAAUGCCGAACACGAACAGUGCCACCGUUGCCAAUGAUGAUUACGAAGUUAUCGGAGAAGCCCAAUGGCAAAUACUGGAGAAUGUUGUCGACGAGGAGAUCUUCAAGAUCUACGGCUACAAGUACUCCAAAUUACGAGCUAUCAUAUUCCACGCUGUGUGCAUAGCACUAUGUGGAUUGCCGUAUUUUGCCUUGGGGUAUUAUCCUUCAUUAAACAGAUUCAAGUACUUAAAAUGCAGUUUGAAAAUGGCUGAAGAGAUUUGUGUGAUGGAUGCUGAAGGCUCAUUUAACAUGGAGAAAGUGCUAGAAAUGGACCUGAAUAUAGCCAACCAUAACAACAAACUUCGGUAUUUCAUCUACCAACACACGCGGUUUGUGUGGCUGAACGACCAAGGCGUAUUUGUGAAUGUGCAGUUGCUGAACGAGAAAUUGACUAUCAACCUUCUGAUGGAUAAUAUGUUGGGGAUCAAUAAGCGACAGCAAAAUGAGUUAAUCAAACUGUACGGCACAAACUCAGUAGAAGUAGAAGUGAAGAGCUACUGGACACUGUUCGUGAACGAAGUGUUCAACCCGUUUUACCUGUUCCAAGUGUUCUCCAUCGUGCUAUGGUCGCUAGACGAGUAUUACCAGUAUGCUACGUGCGUUUUGAUACUGUCAGCCGGAUCAUGCAUGCUGGCCCUUUAUCAAACUAAGCAGAUGAGCAUAAACCUCCACAAGAUGGCCGGCUCCACCAGCUCGUGCACCGUGUCCGUGCUGCGUCCGUCCCGCGCCGGCCGAGAGGAAUGCGUGGUGAACGCGAGCCGACUAGUCCCCGGCGACGUGCUUAUUCUACCACCUGAUGGCUGCGUCAUGCCGUGUGACGCUAUGUUGCUGACGGGGAACUGCAUAGUCAACGAGAGCAUGCUCACAGGCGAAAGUGUACCAGUAAUGAAAGGCCCGCCCUGUCCAUCCCCAGAAAUAUACUCUACCGAAGGUCACAAAAGGCAUACCUUAUUCGCUGGCACCCACGUUAUACAGACACGGUUCUAUGGCAACAAUCAGGUGCUAGCCAAAGUAGUCCGCACCGGUUUCUACACUGCCAAAGGCGAGCUGAUCAAAAGCAUCCUCUUCCCGAAGAAGUUCGACUUCCAGUUCUACAAGGACGCGGUGAAAUUCGUCAUCUUCAUGUUCUGCAUCGCCGCUAUAGGCAUGGGGUAUUCCAUCUGGCUGUACUUACAAAGAGGCAGCCACGCUGAAACCAUAGUGCUCCGUACACUCGACAUCAUAACCAUAGUCGUGCCCCCGGCUCUACCCGCCGCGAUGACUGCCGGCAUCGUGUACAGUCAGCAACGGUUACGCAGAAACAAAAUCUUCUGCGUAUCACCGCCGAGGAUCAUCAUCUGCGGGAAGCUUCAAGUCAUGUGCUUUGAUAAGACAGGAACCCUCACGGAAGACGGUCUGGACCUAUACUCAGUGCUGCCACACCAGUCAGGAGAACGUUUCGGCCGCACCGUGGUUGAAGUGACAGCGCUUCCACCCCGCAGUCCUCUCAUACAAGCUCUCGCUUCUUGCCACUCCCUUACUAGUAUCCAGGGCCAGCUAAAGGGCGACCCGCUCGAUCUCAAGAUGUUUGAAUUCACGCAGUGGGUGCUCGAGGAGCCUGGUCCAGAAAACACGCGCUACGACAACCUAACACCUGCAAUCGUGAAGCCCAAGUCAGCUCAGAACGAGCUGCAAGACCUGGACAACUAUGAUCCUCUCACCAUGGAGAUGCCGUAUGAGGUGGGUCUGCUGCGGCGGUUCCACUUCUCGUCGUCGCAGCAGUCGAUGGGCGUCAUCGCCCGCGUUCUGGGCCAACCGCAGAUGGUUUACUUCGUCAAGGGGGCACCGGAAAAGGUGGCCGGCAUGUGUAGCCCGGACUCUCUACCCGAGAACUUCAGCUCGGUCCUCCACGACUACACCUCCAACGGCUUCCGGGUGAUAGGCCUCGCGCACCGCAAGCUGGACCGCAAGAUGAAGUGGGUGGACGCGCAGCGCGUCAAGCGGGAGGGCCUCGAGUGCGACAUGACGUUCCUCGGCUUCCUCGUCAUGCAGAACAGCCUCAAGCCGGAGACGACGCAGGUCAUCAAGGAGCUGCACGAGGCCGACAUCAAGCAGGUUAUGGUCACAGGUGACAACAUAAUGACAGCGAUGUCCGUGGCAAGAGGGUGCUUCAUGGUGCAGCCGCACCAAAAGUUGGUGCUCAUCACGGUCGGCCAUCAGCAGACGGACGACACGCGACCGCCGCUGUGUAUGGAGGUGGUGGGGGAAGGCGGGCCGCCGAAGCUCGCUAGCGACAUCUACGUGCUGGCGUUGGAAGGCAAGACGUGGUCCGUCAUCCGAAAUUACUAUCCGGAAAUGAUGUCCACUGUACUUAAUAGAGGCAUAGUGUUCGGCCGCUUCGGUCCCGACCAGAAGACCCAGCUGAUCACGGCGCUGCAGGGCGAGGGCCGCGUGGUGGGUAUGUGCGGGGACGGCGCCAACGACUGCGGCGCGCUCAAGGCUGCGCACGUCGGCAUCUCUCUGUCUGAGGCCGACGCCUCAGUGGCGGCACCCUUCACAUCUCAAGAGCAGAACAUUCGUUGCGUGAAGUUACUAGCGCUCGAAGGCAGAUGCGCGCUCAGUACUAGCUUCGCUAUCUUUAAAUACAUGGCUCUCUACUCCCUCAUACAGUUCUUCUCUAUUCUCAUAUUAUAUAACUACUUCUCUAUCCUGGGCAACUACCAGUUCCUGUACAUCGACCUGGUGCUGACGACGCUGCUGGCGCUGUCGCUCGGCCGCGCGGCGCCGGGCCCCGUGCUGGCGCCGCGCUCGCCGCCCGUGUCGCUCGUCGCCGCCUCCAGCAUCCUGCCUCUAGUGGCUCAGGUGGCACUGGUGCUUCUCCUUCAACUCGCCGCUCUGUACUUGUUGCGAGCACAGGACUGGUUCCACCAAGUGGAAGGCAACCCGGAACUGGAAGUGGUACUUUGCUGGGAGAACACUGUGAUCUUCAUCGUCUCGGCGUUCCAGUACUUGGUCAUGGCGUGCGUCUAUGCCAAGGGCUGGCCCUUCCGCGAACCGUUCUGUGCCAAUUAUUACAUGGUGCUGACUCUAGUCACGCAGUCGGUGUUCGUGGUUCUGCUGCUGUUCUGUCCGUGGCAGGAGCUGGCCGACCUCAUGGAGGUCAAAGUGUUCAAGUGGGAAGCUCAAGAGGAAAACAUCUUCCGCAUCUACCUGCUGCUGGUGCCGGCGCUGCAUCUCAUCCUGGCUAUCGCCAUUGAGGCGACCCUAUCCGACACGCACAGGUUCCACGACAUGUUCCGCGGCUUGAGGCGUCGAUGCGACAAGCAGCCCGGCGCCGGCGACGCCGCGCAUGUGUGCUGACGCCACACACACAUACACGCAUACACACGCGUCGUUAUACCAGGCGAGAUGUAUCUCUGUUUAUUUACUGUAGUCGUGAGGCGGAGCGUUGCAUUAUGCAGGAACUUCUGUCCCUUUUUAACGCCUGUGAGGUUCCUUUGCGGACACGCAGCGGCAUAUAUCUCUGUUUCACUAGAAGAGUAUUUCUGUUUCUCUCUAGCAGUCGCGAGGCGCGCUGCGGAUUGUUUUGUUGGUAAAUGUUUUUCAACGGCUGUGAGAUCCGCAAACCACGCAGCAUUAGAUAUCUCUGUUACACUAAGCCAGGGGUCUUCAAACUACGACCCACGGGCCGAAUCUGGCCCGCAAAAAGAGCCAAAUCUUAUUCAAUUCGGCCGGCGAAAUGGUAGCGGACGCGUGGCCUUUGGAUCAAAAAGUUUGAAGACACUAAGCGAUAACCGUUUGUAUCUCUUUUCGGCAAAAGUUGUGACGUUUGUACGCAGAUACGCAGCAUUGGAUGUACGUGUUAUGCUCGCGCGUAAAUACUUUGUUUCUUUUCGUUACACUGUUAAAGAAAUACUGAAUUAUCUUGACAAAACAUACUCAUGUUCGCCUAGUCUGAAAGACAGCGUGUUAAUGACGUCAGAAAUGCUUGUUGCCAAAAAUUGGAGCAUUUUUUAUUACCAAUUUAAAUAUGUAUUUGUACUAGGCACACAUAAGCAGCGACAAUUCGCUAUAUUUAGUUUAAAUCCUACCAAAAAGCCAUAUUUCGACGUUCGCUGCUCGCCUAGUAUUUUAGAAUCACUAGAUAAUUUUGUAUUAUAUUUCAAGGUCAAACUAUGUAGACCUGACUUUAGUUCCUUUUACGGGUUAAAAAGUCUUAUUUCAAUGCUUGCGUUCAGUUGCUGACCUGAAAUCAUCGCGGGUAUCCGCGAUAUCAUACAUUUUGUAUAAAAAUAUACAUACAUACAGUCUGUUUUCUAAGGAAAAUGAGCCGGUUUUCAAAUUUAUUCAAGGUCAACCGGGAUAAAUGCAACUAUAGGCUGUAUUUAGUUUUUUCCCGAAUACAUAUGGUCGGAACGCCCUCUAUGUUUUAUUUCCAAGCUAGCUCCGGCUAUCAUCACUAGAUGACGGGAGCUUUUGUACAGUCUAGUUCAUAAAUAUGUAUCCACUUUUUCACCUCAUCAAUGAGGUGCAAAAAUGUAUACAUACUUAUGAACUCGGCUGUCACUUUGUUUGAAAAAACAACUCAAAUCGACGCUAUAAUCCCGUAGUGGCAUUUAACCCCGUAUGACCCCGUCGACCUUAUAAAAUCAAUAUAUCUGUCGCGCUCACGUAAAUGGGGCCGCAUAUUAGCGCGAUAAGGACAAAUGUAGCCCACAAUUAUCCAAAACACAAUCAUACGUAUUAUCUGUUAAAACAGAAACACAAUAUGCAUAACAAAAGUAAAUAAAUAUGUGUCAAAUUGUAUGUAAUUACCAAGUAUUGUAAUCUACUUGGGGGCUAUUCAUAAAUUACGUCAUGGGGAUCUGGACAUCGGAUGAUGGUAGCAUGACGUAGGAGGAAACGGGGUCAUUUGAAGCAUGAUUUUUGGAUGAUUUUAGGGGGUUGUCAAAAAUCGAUGACGUAAUUUAUGGACAGCCCCUUGGCUCUGUUUUGUAUAGCCAGACUAUACAAUCAAUACCAGUGGUAGUGACAGUAAUUAUAUUACCACGAUGUUUAUGUUGAAUUGAUAAAUAUGAUGAGGAGCGCAGUUUCUGCGUAAGAAUGGGGGCGUAUUCUAUAUAAUUUAAUUUCAUAAUUUAUUUAUUUGCUAUACUAUAAGUUAGAGAAGAACAGCGUCAAGAAAGAAACAGAAUGCAUAGAAAGACAGAGGCUUAUAUCGCGGCCAAAUCACUAUACAUUAUAAAACAAAGUCCCCCGCCGCGUCUGUCUGUUUGUGUGUUUGUAUGUUCGCAACUCAAAAAGUACUGAACGGAUUUUCAUGCGGUUUUCACCUAUCGAUAGAGCGAUUCUUGAGGAAGGUUUAGGUGUAUAAUUUUCAACCCGUGCGAAGCCGGGGCGGGUCGCUAAUAGUAAAUAAAAAUAAGUUCAAAUACAGUAAAGUUUCUUACGCAGAAUUUGCGCUCUUAAUCAAUUCCGUCUAAAGGAAAAGGUUUCUUAACUCAAACACAUCAAAGCUCAUUUCAAUUAGUCUGGCUCCGUUAUAAAAACAACAAUCUUACAUUACAAACUCAUCUUUAAACCGACGUUAUUAAGAUCCCUUUUCCCAUGGCAACGCCGACGGCUUAGGAAUCCGUGAUUCGACAGCGUUUGCUAUUUUGUUUUAAAAGUAGUCACACACUGUCCUAACCUGGCCGCGGCAUUUGUUAUAUUGUUAUAGAUAAUUUCUCUGUUGAGAUAUAGAGGGCCUACCGCGAACAUCGAAUUCUGCCUCUAUCGCUCUUGUACCGAGAGAGGCAGAUAGAUUUCGAUGUUCGAGGUAGGAUCUCAGUUACGUUUACUGUUUGGAAGGUCGUUGUUAAGUUGGUUUGAUUUUAUACUUUAACUUUAUUGAUAUAAAGGUUCUCUAAAAAGUACUUAAAUGGGGAAGCACUUGUACUUACGUUACGUAUACUCUUAUACAGUAAUUCAUUAAAGUUAUAUAUUGAACCAGUUAAACCUAAGAUCAAUGUGGGUAAAACCGUCUAAGGUAAGACUGUCUAUAAGCUAUACCAACACUUACAAAAGGUCGGUAAAGCAGAAGGAGCGAAACUUUUCCUUUCUGUUUCAGAGCAAUGUCCGUACUCCGUAUACGAAUACGAUAGUUCUUGCCCUAUGGCGGUCUUAACCACAUUGAACUUAGUUCUUUGUAGCAGGAGGCAGUCAGGUGCUAGAUUGAGAAACUCAUUUAUGUACUUAGGUAAGCAUUUUCAUUUGACACUAGCAGAUGGUGCCCUCUCGCUGUUCUGUAAGUACAAGGUUUCAUAAUCAUAAUAAUCAUAAUCAUAAUCAUUUAUUCAAUUUUAGUUUUAUAACUUGUACUUAGUAAUUGGCGUAUUUAUACGGAAAUAUAGGUACUUGUGUACUUUAACCCGCAGUGCCUAUGUAUCGGUAAAAUAAAAAAUAUUAAGUAAAAAGUGCGAAGAAAUUCAAAGGUGUAUGUGAAGUCCCCAAUCCGAAUUGGUCUAGCGUGGGGACUAUAGCCCAAGCCCUCUCGCGCAUGAGAGGAGGCCUGUGCCCAGCAGUGGGACGUAUAUAGGCUGAAAUGAAUGAAUGAAAAAGUACGAAGUCAAACCAAAUGUCAUGGACCUACUCCGUAUAAUUAUUCUGUAGUGAUUUACUUAAUAUUAUACAUGUAUAUUAUUUCAAUUUAUUAGCAUUCGUAAAUUAUUUUUCCGUCUAACAGACGUUAAUUUUUAGAGAAUGUUUAUUUUAUUAAUAGUUGUAGCCAAAUGAAGUUAAAGGUCAAUUUCUAUUUAUGCAGCUGCCUAAGCUGUGUUAAAUGUUUGGAUAACUUUUUCACCGACAGCUAAAGAUUCAUUGAUUCUAAUAGGUAGCUGAGCAUUUACAGAAAAAAGUGUAGGUACCAUUUACUUUUAUUCGAAAAACCAUCAUAUUUUGGGCUAUUUCUACGCAGAGUCACGAGAACUAUCGAUUUAAAAAGGAAAAAAGUAUCCGAAAAAAAUUGUCCGUUUUGUGACGGAUUUUCACAUAUAUUUUCUAUUGACCGUCAUAAACUGACUCCCGAAAUUUGUAUUAAAAAUGGGGAAAAUUUUUUUAGUUUAUUUUUUUUCUUCAGUAGUUCACGUGAUUCUGGGUCGAAAUAACUUUAGUUUUUCGAAAUAAAGUACUUACACGUCUCUACAAUCUGUGAAUCUUUAGCGCUACGUUUAGUACCAAAGUAUUUGAAUACAAACAAUUAUUGUCAUGUAAUGACAAAAACGGUUAGUGUUAGGAGGAACUCGAGUCCGUCGAGUCUACAUUUGAUGAACUAGACUCGAUUUACGCGACUCUGCGCUUAAAAAACUUCUGAGUGAAAAAGUUAACCAAUCGGAAUGAAAUGUUGGGUAAAUCGCCUAUUGGGUAAUACUGGCCACUCCCUUAAUAACCAUGAACGAAAAAUACCUGUAUAAAACAUACAUACCUAUUAUGCAUGAACAUUAAAUUUGUUUAUCUUUUUUGCAAUUAAAUAAUUAAUAUAAUUAUUUUAAACUAGUAUGAAGUAAGUACCGUCGUGAUCCGGGUAGCCUAAUGGUUAUGGCGCCUGCCGCGAAUGCAAAAGGCGCAGGUUCGACUCCAUCCGUCGGCACUGGAUACCUUGAUCACUUUUUCAUUCAUAAAUUGGAUUAAAUUUAGUUUACUACGAAGGCGCUCAAUUUAUCAGUUUCACUCGGGAUGAUCGACCACUUCUAGGGCGAUUUACCCCAUGAACUAAAAACUCGUAAUAGUAAAUUUUCAUUUAUCAUUGUCAUCAAACACGGCAGUUACCUCAUUACUACUUGAAUAUUAGCUGUAUUGGGCAAUAUCUUAACUUUAAUGUACUUACGAUUUUAAGCGAAAUCCUAUUUAGUUAAUUUUAUUGUAAAUAGAGGCUGAAUUUAUAGGAAAGUAGUAUUUCAAUCGAUUUUCUAAAUCGUUGCUUUGCAUUUUACACAUUUUGUCGCUCAGUGAAACGGGUGCUUAAUGUUAGUAACUUUUUUAACCUAAUGUAUUUAUUUGACUAUUGCAAAUAUACAUUGACUGUAUAAAGUGUAUAAGAUGUGUAAACUCGAAGAUAAAAUUCUGCCUCGAAUUAGACAGCUGAUGUAGACGGUGCUGUACUUUUCCGUACAUUAUUUAGUAACUUUUUGACCACAAAAUAUAUGGCCAGAGCCCGAAUUUUCGUGGCAAAACAAAAGACUGUCGCAAUCUUGCUAGAGUUAGUAACAUUUUUUGGUCGAUAUCGAUAGUUGUGUAGGUGUGUUGUCUAAUAGAAGAAAAAACGGUCCACCUAAUAAAAAACAUAUUUAGUAAGAAAAUUUACGUGAGGUGGAUACAUAAUGCAAUAGUAAGUAUACCACACAACUAUCCAUAUCGACAAAAAAAUGUUACUAGCCUAGCAAAAUUGCGUCAGUCUUUUGUUUUGCCGCGAAAAUUCUGGGCUCUGUAUAUGGCGUAGUACAUGCGCCAUCUAUUUCAGUUAUCAAACUAUGAGGCACGGAUUUUUCUUAGACUUUGCACCUCUUCUACAACUCUAUCAAUAACUCUUUAACCAAUGUAAAUUCCCACUAGCAAAGACAAAAACAUGUCUAUAGGUACAGUCAGCAUCAGAUAUAUCGGAACGGCCAAGGUGCUCACAGAUAUCUGAACACGCUUCUAUUCUGGAGGCGUUAAGAUAUUUUUGAGCACCUCGAGAGCUCCGAUUUAUCUGAUAGCGACUGUACAGAUUGAAUGUAUCAAUCGUAUGUUAUAUUGAACUAAGCGAUCAUAAUGGGAAUUAAAAUAAUUAUUAUAACCUGCAUUUUACUGUAAUGAAAUAAAGGGUAAAUCGUCAAUUACUGGCCACCCUAAACUAAAAAUGAAUUCUAUUCACCUAUAAACAGAAUUCAUUUUAGUAUAAGGUUUCAAUAACUGGUCACCCUUCAAUAAUUAUAGGUAUAUCCACCUUAUACUAAAAUGAAUUCUGUUUAUAGGUGAAUUGUUUACCAGUACUUGACGAAUUACCCUAAUAACUUCCUAUUGUGAUGACCGAAAGAUAAAAGGUUUUCUGUUAAAAAAUUACCGACAUUUGAAUUUGUUAGGAAAUAUCGUAAAAAAUUGUCGGUAGUUUCCUCUCGUUACCUCUCGCGUCGAAUGAUGGUCCCUAUGACAGUUUCUUCUAGCCUCUUUACCGUAUUUUUAAUACUUAAAUGUUACAUUUCUAAAUAUAUGAACGUGCCAGUGGCGGAUUUGCCCUAAGGCCCAGUAGGGGCCUAGGACGGCAAGAUGUUAGGGGCGGCUAAUUGUGACAAAAAAUUCGCUGAUGAUAACAAAAAUAACUCAAAAUGUAGUCAACAUGAUGGGGUGCUGAGAAAGAGGCGUCUACUGGGCCUGGGGCCUAGGGCGGCAAAGACUGCAAAUCCGCCACUGACACGUGCUAUACUUCCAAAAAAAUCCUAAAGCAUUUAAGUGACAGAUGCUCUAUAUAAAAAUAAACUGUCAUAGGGAUCAUCACUUGACGCGCGACAUAUAACAGAGUUAAUGUUUAUUAGAUAUAUAAUGGGUACAGUUUUGAAACCUAGACAGUUUGCUAUGAAUUGUACCAUAAUUUCUAAGAUUUGACAUAUAAAUAGGCUAUUUAAUUGGCUAUGUGUGUAAUGCGGUAUAAAAAACUAUGACAGCGCGCUUUAUUGCAAAAAUUAUGAACUUUGGUUGGCACAAAUUUUAAUACUGUUCAACGUAACAUGUCAAAUGACUAAUGUUGCCCAUAGCCGCCAGGCGAGCCCCACUGUCGUGCACAUAUAACUAAUUACAUCAUUAUUUAUGACGUGAAAGCCAAAAACGCAAUAACAAAGUGUUAUUGUAAAAAAAACCCAUAACAUUGUAAGUAAAUUUACAUUAGGUCAAAAAUGUUACUAUCGUAUUUUUAAUUAGCUGGUUUAAAAUUACAGAUGUUAUUCAUUCGAUAUACAGUAAACAAAAUUACGUAAAAUAAAAAUGAAGAUAAGUAGGUAUAUCUAGUAAAUUAUGUAUUAACCUUUUAACCGCCGCAGUCUGAUAAAUAAGACAAAACUUCGUGUAAUUUCGUACCAGCUGCUCAGCUCGAUGAAAAAUUCUAAACAAGGUUAUAAGGACUCCCCAAUCGCGUUUAAAUCAAUUUUAUCAGUAGGUAAAGGAUUGACCACACUGCUGCUCAAAAUACGCUGACGCACCGAAAAAUCGCAAGAAAUUACAUAUUAUCGUUUUAAUGGACGCGAUUUUAUACCCUGCGUCAGCAUAUUUUAACUUAAUCCUUUCCCAGACAUAGUACGAUUUAUCGACCAUAUACGCGCCAAUAGAAUUUCAACUUUAUCAUUCGGAAUUAAGGUUCGAAUUAGAUUGAACUUUCGGGGAAUGUGACCUGUCUUGUCUUCAAAUUAAUCAUCGAAGCUGGAUUAAUGGGGUUGGCAAGUAUCAAAGGUUUGCAUAGAUGGCGCCAUCAUAGCUUGCCCCUUUUUCUAUGAGAUUUGGCAGGCCUGGCACCCAGGGCAUUAAAAAAACAAAAAUUUGACACAAUUCUAGGUAUUGACAUGGCAAGAUAUGAUGGCGCCAUCUGCUAAAUACUUCGACCGGCCAACCCCAUUGGUAUGUUUUUUUUUGGAAAAACCUUAUAAAUUUGUGCGGUCUGGAAAAGGGUUAAACAGCUGUGUGGUUCAUAUUUUAUACCUAUAGCUUUUAUGCCUAGCUAAUUAAAAUUACGACUAGUUCCAAAAUAAAACGCUUGUUAUAGACGUUAUAGUUCAGUUAUUUGGUUGAUAUUUGUGUGAUACUUAAAUAGGAAUAAAGUGAAACUAUUCGAAUAGCACAAA